GCCGUAGGAGGUAUAAAAAUAGUUCAUCCCGGAUUCACGGAUUCACGGAUUGAUACACAGGAUCGAGGAUUUUGCCCAGGUUCUCCGGGUCGCUUUUGUUCUUGUCGGUUAGCGGCUGUCGUUCACCUGAAAGGCACAAGUGAAAAAAGGGUGCAGCACCGCUCUUUAUGUUCUCAGCGCGGGGCAGGGGAAAAACAGCCACUGCUGUGUAGCUGCGGUUCCCUAUUUCUGAGCGACAAUCCAAAAAGAACAGGUUCGUUGAGUAUCUUCAUCACCGUCGACGUCGGUACAAUAAAUGCAAGUCUUGGUCAUAUCUGCCAUACAGCCAUGUGUUUGACGGCUGCAGGUGAACGACAGCCACUGACCGACAAGAACAAAAGCGACCCGGGAAACUUGGGUAAUAGCCUCGAUCCUGUGUAUCAAUCUUUGAAUCCGUGA